AUGCCGAGCUUUGGACGUCUGAAGCACAGCAACCGAUCACAGCACACCCUGCCGGAGCAGCUGUCGACGGGAGCUGGGGCUGGCACAGCACCGGGCUCGCCCACGCCAGCAUCCGCCCCGGGAGCGUUGCCUGGCGCGGCCCAAACCCAACAAGCCCAAGCCCAGGCCCAGGCCCAGGCCCAAGGCCAAGCCCAGGCUCCCGCCCAAGCCCAUGUCCAAGCGCAGGCCGACUCGCCCCCUGAGACGUCGACGCCCAUGUCAUCAAUGUCCCUGCCAAUGCCCUUGUCGGUCUUGUCCUCCCCUACAGCGCUGGCCUCCAGCGACCGGCUGGACGCGUUUGUGGACGCACGAGCGCCUCUCUCGAUGCAGCAGCAACAUCACCAUCACCAUCAUGACCCUCCUCUUCCUCCCCCCCCGGCACAACUCUUCAACCCUCACCAUCCAGGAGUCAAUCCCCCUCCCUCGCUGCAGACAUCAUUCUCGGGCCCGGGAGUCUCGCUGGCUUUUGACGGCCAACAGCUGCCCACGCCCAUAGACUUUGACCCCUCCUCCGCCGGCCGCUCCCAGAGCCAGCGCUGGCGAGCCUCCGUCGCGCCGCAGCAGCACCAAUUCUACGGCACCGCUGCGGGCUCCAUCGACGACCUCUCAGGAAGCGGUGCCCAUCACCAACAGCCUCCUCCACCGCCGCCGCCGUCGCAGCAGCAGCAGCAGCCGCCGUCGUCGCCGGCUCCCACUCCCCAGAAACGCUCGACCCGCAAGCUCAUCAAGGGCAUCUUUGGCUCUUCCAGCCGUGAUUCGCAUGACGCCCAGCAGCAGCAGCCCCCUCAACCCCCCCCGCUGCCGCAGUCCUCUGGCUAUAGCAGCAGCAGCAACAACAACAACAACAACAACAACAGCAACAACAGCCCCUCGGGCCCCUACGACAACACAACUGGACUUGCUCGAAGGCCGUCCAAGAGGGUGAGCAACCCUCCCAGUUUGAGAACGAGCCCGUCCCAGACGGCACAGCUCCCCCCCGACCGGGAUUGGCAACCCAAGGGCCCCGGCAGCCAACAGCCGUCACCGCUCCGUGGAGUUGGCGAGCUCGACGAAUAUUCCUUCUCCAGACAUGGAUCUAACAUUGACUCCCCGAUUAUACAGGACUCUCGCUUUUUUCUGAGAAGCAACGGCAUCCGUCAAGUUUCCAUUUCCGGUGAACAUCUCGAAACGUCGCCCUACGACGAAGUCUAUCAACCACCCGAUCACCCUCCCCCACAUCAUCAGCUUCGCAACCAACAGACGCCGCCUCCAUUGCAGCAACCACAGCCUCAGCCACUGCAACGCCAAGAGACGCUCCGAAUCCAGGAACAGCAGGCUCAGUACGAGUCGCAGCAACAACUUCUUCUUCAUCAUCAUCAGCAACAACAAGAACAGCAGCAGCAGCAGCAGCGUCACGCGGGUGCCGGCUACGAUCAGCAAUCACCGGAGCAGGGCCGUCAACCGCAGCCCAAUUUCCAGUACCCCACCAGUCCUGCUCCAGAGCCCUGUCAACCUGGCGGGGAACCUCGACUCGUCACGAACCAGCUCGUGCCUGGCCAGCAGCUCCAAAACGCUGAAACUGUUUCUCAACUGUCCCACGACUCGCCCGUCGCUGAUUCAGACCCGAGAUCUACCUUUCAGCAGUACCCAGGGCAGCCGUCUCAGGCCGCCAGCCUUCACACAUCUGCCCCGUCUCACGACAUUGCUGCCAGUCAAACAACACCGCUUCAAGAGGCGAGCCCUCAAGGUCAAGACCAAUCCGCAAUGGCCCCGCCAGCUUCCGCAGGCGGGCCUUCAUCCAGUCGCCGUAGCCAGGAUGCCGAGACGCUCCUCCGUGGACAAGCUGACCCUCCUGGUCCCCCACCGCCAUACCAGCGUCAAGCUAGCGCCAAUCUGAGUACGUUGGGCCCUAUGCCGCCGCUUCCCGGCCAGGGUGCGCCGCCAAAUGCAGGCCAUCGUGGUGACCGUGGUCCGCAGUAUGUUGAUGCGUCUCCAGGCGUCGAACCGGGCCGAAGCAGCCCUCAGCCUUCGGACCGCGACCUCGACCUCGACAAGCAUUUUAGGGAACUCGCGAGCAAAUACAAGCACGUAAAGCGGUUGUUCUUUGACAGCAAAAACCACAUUGAGAGGCUCAACGGCCAAAUCGAGCAGUUGCAAAAUGCCGUGGCCAACCAGCGUAUGUCUCAGUCACGCACGGCUUGGGAUGACAACGAAUACUUGACAAGGUUCAACCGCCUCAAUGGUGCCAUCAACAACCUCUCUUUCAAUAUUCGAAAAGAUUGGCGCAGCCUCCCUGCGUGGAUCAACAACGUUGUCAGUGCGGAUGCAUUGAAGACUGGGAAGCAGGAAAUGACAGCCAUCGGGCGGGCAGUCGUGUCUAGAUGGCUUGUGGAAGAAGUCUUCAACAAGUGCUUCCACCCGGCUCUCGAUACGCAGCUCAGCUCACAACUCAAGGAGAUUGAGCUCAGCAUCCGGAAAAACUCGCAUACUAUGCACCACCAGGAGGAAGUUGAUGCCCACACGACCAAGGUUGUCAACUGGCGAAUGGCCACCUUGGACGGGCUGCAGCAGCGGCUCAACUCAAACGCAGCCGCUGACAAUCGGGGAAUGCUGACAGAUAAGAUUACGACGAAUCUGACGGCCUAUCUCUAUCAACACCUCAGUACGCCGCCGCCGCCUGGUUUGGAGGGCAGCACAUCCAUGAUUGCUGAGCUGACUGUGGCCAUUGCGGCCAAUCUACCUCUGGAGAGUCGUGACGUGUCCAUCAUGUACCCAUUGCCAGGAGAAGUGGUGCAAAAAGACGUGAUGGAAGUUGAAAAGCCUGGGUUGCCGACAUUGGACGGGCGGAAAGCCGAUGCUGACGCCGAUGCUGGUUCAGACCAAGAUGGUGUAGAUGAGAAGGACAAGGCUGGCAAGCCGCGAGGAGACGAGGGGAAGCCUGGUACGUCGCAAAUGAGAACCCGUGACACAGCUGGACUCAACAGAGAGAAUGACAUUAUCCCGGGCACAAUGCUGACCAAGAUUUUGCUCCAGGACCGCCCAAAGAACGCAGCAGAGUGCGGUUUGCAGGAUUCGUCGCUCUAG